AUGCACAACACAGCGACACUGGGCUGCUGCCUGACCACCACACCUGACCCCCUCCGCCGAGAUAUGUGUGCAAAUCUGCCCCCAUCGGCCGGGUACUAUCUGCCCCCUCAGUACGUCUCCUCUGCCUUGCCACCACCAACCUCACCGCAGAUCACCGCCCGGCUGGAGAACAAGGGACUGUGGGAGAGGUUCAACUCUGUGGGAACGGAAAUGAUACUCACCAAAAAUGGCAGACGCAUGUUCCCGGAGUUCUCGGUCUCCCUCUCCGGUCUGGAUCCGCACCGUCUGUACUCCCUGUGCGUCCAGGCCGUACCCGAGGGAGAGAACCGCUACAAGUGGAGGGACGGGGUCUGGAGCAGGAGCGGCCGAGCAGAACCGGGACCACCGACCUGCCUCUACCUCCACCCGGAGUCACCGGCCCCCGGCCACCGAUGGAUGGAGAGAGCCGUCUGCUUCAACAAGAUCCGACUCACCAACAACACCCUGUGCCAGGGGGGGCAGAUUGUGCUCCAGUCCAUGCACCGCUACUCCCUGCGCCUCUACGUCAUCCCCACCUCCAAUGGCGGAUCUCCACCAGGACCGGUGACCACCUUCUCCUUCCAUGAGACUUCGUUCAUUGCGGUGACCAGCUACCAGAACCCCAGGCUCUCUCUGCUGAAGAUUGAGGAGAACCCGUUCGCCAAAGGAAUCAAAUACUUCAAGAAUCAGCAAGAAAGCCACACACCAAAGAAAAGGAUCUGCGGGCCAGAACAGAACGACAGAGACCCGGAGUGUAAGCGGUUUAAAGAGAGCGCACGGCUGGACCCAGCAAACCCGGCUGGAGGUGCAGAAGAGUCCCCGGCGGUAUUGGAUGAGAGUUCAGAGGAAAUGGAGGAAAAGCCGGAAUCCUUGGAAGGGUCGGGGCAGGAGAGAGCGGAGACACGACCACCUGGAAAAGUCACUUCAAGGGCCGGCGAGGACAGGAGACGUUGGGGGGCCGACAGAAAUCUGGACUGCGGGGGAGAUCGGAGUGUAUGUGAGAGCGCAGAGGAAGGAGAAGAAGGGGGGCAAAGGACAGACACCAUUAUACAAUGGGGACCCCCCACACAGAGAGCAACAUGGCUGCCGCCCCCCGCGCUGACACCCUACACUCCCUCCACCUGUCUGAUGGGGCACAGGUUCGUUCAGUCCGGCAUGGCGUCGUUCUCUGCUCUGCCCCCCGUUCCUCCUCCCUAUUUCCUCAGCUCGUGGACUUCACCAUCAGGCAGGCUUAGUCAUCCCCAUCCCGGACUUCACCCUCAGUUCUUCCAGCAGGUGUGUGCUCUGCCCUGGUACCUGUCCCCGCAUGUAACCUCCAGAUGA